GCGGAGCGGCGGCGCGGAGCGGACCAUGCUGCUGGACGCCGGCCCGCAGUUCCCGGCCAUCGGCGUGGGCACCUUCGCCCGCCACCACCACUCGGAGAUGCCGGAGCGGGAGCUGAGCCUGGCGGCGCAGAACGGCUUCGUGGAGACGGCGGCCGCGGCCGCCGCGCACAUGGGCGCCUUCAAGCUCAACGCGGGCGCGCACGAGCUCUCGCCGGGCCAGAGCUCGGCGUUCACGUCGCAGGCGCCCGGCUACCCCGCGGCCGCGCUGGGCCCGCACGCCGCGCACGUCGGCUCCUACUCGGGCGCGCCCUUCAACUCCACGCGGGACUUCUUGUUUCGCAGCCGCGGCUUCGGCGAGUCGUCGCCGGGCGGCGGGCAGCACGGGCUGUUCGCGCCCGCCGCGGGCGGCCUGCACCCGCACCCGCACACGGACGCUCAGAGCCACCUCCUCUUCCCGGGCAUCCACGAGCAGCACGGCCCGCACGCCUCGCAGAACGUGCUCAACGGGCAGAUGCGGCUCGGCUUGCCCGGGGACGUGUUCGCCCGCUCGGAUCAGUACCGGCAGGUCGCCAGCCCCAGGACUGACCCCUACGCGGCGGCCCAGCUGCACAACCAGUACGGCCCCAUGAAUAUGAAUAUGGGCAUGAACAUGGCAGCCCACCACCACCACCACCACCCCGGUGCCUUUUUCCGCUACAUGCGGCAGCAGUGCAUCAAGCAAGAGCUCAUCUGCAAGUGGAUCGACCCCGAGCAGCUCGCCAGCCCCAAAAAAAGUUGCAAUAAAACUUUCAGCACCAUGCACGAGCUGGUCACCCACGUCUCGGUGGAGCACGUCGGGGGGCCCGAGCAGAGCAACCACGUCUGCUACUGGGAGGAGUGUCCCCGCGAAGGGAAGCCCUUCAAGGCGAAAUACAAACUGGUCAACCACAUCCGCGUGCACACGGGCGAGAAGCCCUUCCCCUGCCCCUUCCCCGGCUGCGGGAAAGUUUUCGCCAGAUCGGAAAACCUCAAAAUCCACAAAAGGACGCACACAGGUAAUCCGGGCUGCUUUCGGGAGCCUUGCGCUGUAUCUGUAUAUUUAUCUCUGAAUGUGCAUACGCGAGGCUGCAUGUGCGCACAACGGCAGAUGCAAAGCUGCACAAGGCCGCGCCGCCUUCCCUUUGCCCCCCAGGUGCACGAGGCGUCCCCGCAAGGCUCCGAGUCGUCGCCGGCCGCCAGCUCGGGCUACGAGUCCUCCACGCCGCCGGGGCUCGUGUCGCCGAGCGCCGAGUCGCAGAGCACGAGCAACCUCUCGCCCGCGGCGGCGGCGGCGGCGGCGGCGGCGGCGGCGGCGGCCGUGUCUGCCGUGCACCGGGGCAGCGGCAGCGGCAGCGGCGGCGGCGGCCACAGCGGCCUCUCCUCCAACUUCAACGAGUGGUACGUGUAG